ACUGAGAGUAUUUGGAUGAUUCUAGGGUCAGGAGCAGGUCUGGGGAAAAUAAUCCAGAGAUUUCCGCAGAAGGACUGGGAUGAUACACCUUUUCCACAGGGAAUUGAAUUGUUUUGUCAGCCCAGUGGGUGGCAGCUGUCCAGAGAGAGGAAGCAGCCAACGUUCUUUGUGGUGGUCCUGACAGAUAUUGACUCAGAUCGACAUUACUGCUCGUGCCUAACCUUCUAUGAGGCGGAGAUCAAUCUUCAGGGAACAAAGAAGGAAGAGAUUGAAGGUGAAGUGGAAGUGACUGGUUUAAUUCAGCCUGCAGAAGUGUUUGCUCCCAAAAGCCUGGUGCUGGUAUCCAGAUUAUAUUAUCCAGAAAUUUUUAGGGCUUGCCUGGGUUUGAUCUACACUGUAUAUGUGGACAGUCUGAAUGUCUCUUUGGAAAGUCUCAUUGCAAACCUGUGUGCAUGCCUUGUCCCAGCGGCUGGAGGGUCUCAGAAGCUGUUCUCCUUGGGCGCAGGAGAUAGGCAGCUGAUCCAGACCCCUUUGCAUGACAGUCUUCCUGUCACAGGCGCUAGUGUGGCUCUCCUGUUCCAGCAGUUGGGAAUUCAAAAUGUCCUCAGCCUCUUUUGUGCAGUCCUCACGGAAAAUAAGGUUCUCUUCCAUUCCUCAAGUUUCCAGAGACUCAAUGAUGCGUGCAGAGCCCUGGAGUCUUUAAUGUUUCCUCUUAAAUAUAGUUACCCUUAUAUUCCCAUCCUCCCAGCUCAGCUACUAGAAGUUCUAAGUUCACCAACACCAUUCAUUAUUGGAGUACAUUCCAUCUUUAAAACUGAUGUCCAUGAACUUUUAGAUGUAAUCAUAGCAGAUUUGGAUGGAGGAACUAUUAAAAUUCCUGAAUGUAUUCACCUCUCUUCCCUCCCGGAACCACUUCUACAUCAGACUCAAGCAGCUCUUUCUUUGAUUCUACACCCAGAUUUGGAAGUGGCAGAUCAUGCUUUCCCCCCUCCACGAACAGCUUUAUCGCACUCAAAAAUGCUGGAUAAAGAAGUACGUGCAGUUUUUCUUAGAUUAUUUGCACAACUUUUCCAAGGAUAUAGAUCAUGCCUACAGCUUAUAAGAAUUCAUGCAGAACCAGUGAUACAUUUUCACAAGACAGCUUUUUUGGGGCAGCGUGGUUUGGUUGAAAAUGAUUUCCUCACUAAAGUUCUCAAUGGAAUGGCGUUUGCAGGUUUUGUUUCAGAAAGAGGCCCUCCCUAUAGAUCCUGUGAUCUCUUUGAUGAGCUGGUAGCUUUUGAAGUAGAGCGAAUUAAAGUUGAAGAAAAUAACCCACUGAAGAUGAUAAAGCAUGUCAGAGAACUUGCUGAGCAACUGUUCAAAAAUGAGAACCCAAACCCUCAUAUGGCGUUUCAGAAAGUUCCACGCCCCACAGAAGGAUCUCACUUGCGAGUUCAUAUUCUUCCUUUCCCAAAGAUUAAUGAAACCCGGGUACAGGAAUUGAUACAGGAGAAUCUUGCUAAGAACCAGAAUGCACCUCCUGCUUCACGAGUGGACAAGAAGUGUGUUGUGCCAGCAGGUCCACCUGUUGUUUCGAUAAUGGAUAAGGUGAAAACAGUUUUCAACAGUGCACAGAGAUUGGAAGUUGUUAGAAACUGCAUCUCAUUCAUAUUUGAAAAUAAAACAUUGGAGACUGAAAAGACCCUUCCUGCCGCACUGAGAGCCCUUAAAGGAAAGGCAGCAAGACAGUGUCUCACUGACGAGCUGGGUUUGCACGUCCAGCAAAAUCGGGCAAUACUAGACCAUCAGCAGUUUGACUACAUAAUAAGGAUGAUGAACUGUACUCUGCAGGAUUGUUCCAGUUUAGAGGAGUAUAACAUUGCUGCAGCAUUACUCCCUUUGACCAGUGCUUUCUAUAGGAAACUGGCCCCCGGAGUCAGCCAGUUUGCUUACACCUGUGUGCAAGACCACCCCAUUUGGACAAAUCAGCAAUUUUGGGAGACAACCUUUUACAAUGCAGUGCAGGAACAAGUUCGCUCCCUGUAUCUCUCAGCCAAGGAAGACAAUCAUGCCCUGCAUCUGAAGCAAAAGGACAAGAUUCCUGAUGACCAAUAUCAGGAGAAGACAGCCAUGGACCUGGCGGCCGAGCAGCUCCGCCUCUGGCCGACGCUGAGCAAAUCCACGCAGCAGGAGCUGGUGCAGCGGGAGGAGAGCAUCGUCUUCAGUCAGGCCAUCCACUUUGCCAACCUCAUGGUCAACCUGCUAGUCCCACUCGAUACAAGUAAAAACAAGCUCCUACGGACCUCAGCACCCGGCGACUGGGAGAGUGGGAGCAACAGCAUUGUCACAAACAGUAUUGCAGGAAGUGUAGCUGAGAGCUAUGAUACAGAAAGCGGGUUUGAAGAUUCAGAGAAUAAUGACAUUGCCAAUUCUGUUGUGCGUUUCAUUACCCGCUUUAUUGACAAAGUUUGUACAGAGAGUGGAGUUACUCAGGACCACAUCAAGAGCCUUCAUUGCAUGAUCCCAGGAAUUGUAGCUAUGCAUAUUGAGACCCUGGAAGCAGUGCAUCGAGAGAGUAGAAGACUUCCACCUAUACAGAAGCCUAAGAUUCUUAGACCUGCCCUGCUGCCAGGAGAAGAAAUUGUUUGUGAGGGUCUUCGAGUUCUGCUGGAUCCUGAUGGGAGAGAAGAAGCCACUGGAGGCCUCCUGGGAGGCCCACAGCUGCUGCCGGCCGAAGGAGCCUUGUUCCUCACCACGUACAGAAUUCUGUUCAGGGGGACGCCCCACGAUCAGCUAGUUGGUGAACAGACAGUUAUGCGAAGUUUCCCGAUCGCCUCCAUUACCAAGGAGAAGAAGAUCACAAUGCAGAACCAGCUACAGCAGAACAUGCAAGAAGGACUGCAGAUCACAUCCGCAUCUUUUCAGUUGAUUAAAGUAGCAUUUGAUGAAGAAGUGAGUCCUGAAGUAGUAGAGAUCUUUAAGAAGCAGCUGAUGAAGUUCCGAUAUCCUCAGUCCAUUUUCACCACUUUUGCUUUUGCUACUGGACAAACUACUCCGCAAAUAAUUUUACCCAAACAGAAGGAAAAGAACACUUCCUUUCGCACCUUCUCCAAAACGAUUGUGAAAGGUGCCAAAAGGGCAGGGAAAAUGACAAUUGGGCGUCAGUAUUUAUUGAAGAAGAGAACAGGGACCAUUGUGGAAGAGAGAGUGAGUCGUCCUGGAUGGAAUGAGGAAGAUGACAUAUCUGUUUCAGAUGAGAGUGAACUCCCCACAAGUACCACUCUGAAGGCCUCCGAGAAGUCUACAAUGGAACAGUUGGUGGAAAAAGCCUGUUUCAGAGACUACCAGCGUUUAGGUUUGGGAACCAUAAGUGGCAGCUCUUCUCGCUCAAAACCAGAGUAUUUUCGAAUCACAGCCUCCAACAGGAUGUAUUCACUCUGCCGGAGCUACCCUGGCCUUUUAGUUGUACCUCAAGCUGUACAGGACAGUAGUUUACCAAGAGUAGCCCGCUGCUACCGACACAAUCGCCUGCCUGUCGUAUGUUGGAAGAACUCAAGAAGCGGUACUCUGCUCCUCCGAGCUGGAGGAUUCCAUGGGAAGGGAGUAGUUGGUCUUUUCAAAUCUCAGAACUCCCCUCAGGCAGCCCCUACCUCCUCCUUAGAAUCUUCCAACAGCAUAGAACAAGAAAAGUACCUGCAAGCCAUCCUGAGUGCAGUUUCUGUCCAUCAGAAACUCCGUGGCAACAACACCCUCACGGUCAGGCCGGCACUUGCUCUGCCUCCAGGUGUAUGGGCAAGUCUUCGCUCUAGCACUCGCCUGAUCAGUUCUCCAACGUCCUUCAUUGAUGUUGGCGCCCGGCUGGCAGGCAAGGAUCACUCGGCCUCCUAUAGUAACAGCGCCUAUCUGCAAAACCAGCUCUUGAAACGCCAACCAGCCCUUUAUAUAUUUGGUGAAAAGUCACAACUAAGGAACUUUAAGUUAGAAUUUGCUUUAAAUUGUGAGUUUGUUCCCGUUGAAUUUCAUGACAUCCGACAAGUGAAAGCCAGUUUUAAAAAGUUGAUGAGGGCCUGUGUCCCAAGCACCAUUCCUACGGACUCAGACGUGACCUUCCUGAAGGCUCUGGGAGACUCCGAGUGGUUUCCACAGCUUCACAGGAUCAUGCAGCUGGCCGUGGUGGUGUCCGAGGUCCUGGAGAAUGGUUCCUCCGUGUUGGUCUGUUUGGAAGAAGGCUGGGACAUCACAGCACAAGUGACAUCCCUGGUGCAGUUACUCAGUGAUCCCUUUUAUAGGACACUUGAAGGCUUCCGGAUGUUGGUUGAAAAAGAGUGGCUCUCUUUUGGUCAUAAAUUCAGUCAGCGGAGCAGCUUGACCCUCAACUGUCAGGGUAGUGGUUUUACCCCAGUCUUCCUGCAAUUCUUAGACUGUGUGCACCAGGUUCACAACCAGUAUCCAACCGAGUUUGAAUUCAACCUCUAUUACUUAAAGUUCUUGGCUUUCCACUACGUAUCUAAUCGCUUUAAAACAUUUCUCCUGGAUUCAGACUAUGAAAGAUUAGAGCACGGAACUUUAUUUGAUGAUAAAGGAGAUAAGCACGCCAAAAAAGGACUUUGUAUUUGGGAGUGUGUUGACAGAAUGCACAAGAGGAGUCCCAUUUUCUUUAAUUAUUUAUAUUCACCAGUGGAAAUUGAGGCCCUGAAGCCCAACGUGAAUGUCUCCAGCCUCAAGAAGUGGGAUUACUACAUCGAGGAGACCCUCUCCACGGGGCCGUCGUAUGACUGGAUGAUGCUGACCCCCAAGCAGUUCCCCCCUGAGGACUGUGACCUGGCCGGGGGUGCUGGGCCGCAGAGCCAGAGGAGGACAGUGUGGCCGUGCUAUGACGACAUCAGCUGCACGCAGCCCGACGCUCUGACCAGCCUCUUCAGUGAAAUUGAAAGAUUGGAGCACAAAUUGAACCAAACCCCCGAGAAGUGGCAGCAGCUGUGGGAAAGGGUAGCCGUGGACCUCAAAGAAGAGCCCAGAGCAGACCGCCCACAGAGACACCCUCCAGGCUCCCCAGGGAUGGUGUCCACCAACCUCCCUCCCUAUCAGAAGAGGUCCCUGCUGCACCUCCCGGACAGCGUGGCAGAGGAGCAGAGCGCCAGCAUCUCCCCGUCCAAUGGCGUGGACCGCAGAGCCGCCACGCUGUACAGCCAGUACACGUCCAAGAACGACGAGAACAGGUCCUUUGAAGGAACACUUUACAAAAGAGGGGCUUUGCUGAAAGGUUGGAAGCCCCGCUGGUUCGUGCUGGAUGUAACAAAACACCAGCUGCGAUACUAUGACUCGGGCGAGGACACCAGCUGUAAGGGCCACAUUGAUCUGGCCGAAGUGGAAAUGGUCCUCCCCGCGGGCCCCAGCAUGGGGGCCCCGAAGCACACGAGUGACAAGGCUUUCUUUGAUCUCAAGACCAGCAAACGUGUGUACAACUUCUGUGCCCAGGAUGGACAGAGUGCCCAACAGUGGAUGGACCGGAUCCAGAGCUGCAUCUCCGACGCCUGAUGCCCACCCAAGUGGGAGAGAGAGGAGAGACUCAUGCUUCGAAUCAGGAAAGUGCACAAGUCCUCGAGGAGCGGACAGCUUCCUGUUCGGCUCUAUGAGGCAGCCUGGGGCCUGAGGCUCUCUGGGCCGGUCUUGCCCAGCCCCCUCCUUCAGCAUUGCUGUGUCUACUUGGCCUGAGUGGAUGAAUCACACAGAUCUGGUCAAGAGCCCCAGGACUCCAUGCCUUGCACUAGGUUGUUCUAACAGGGUCUUAGUGGUCAGGGUCAGAGAUGCUUCCUGAGCCAACUGGCACCCAUCCCCAGGCCAAUGGUGCACCUGCCUGGGUCCUUUGGUUCCCCAAGGUCAUCACUUCCUUGGAGAGCUUUCUGACAAGCAAACAUCAAAACCCUCCAGAGCGUUACAUUCUGCACAGAAUAGGUUUCCCAUCGGCGGCUCCUACUCUUAGCACCUGACCUUAGAGAUGCUCAGCCAUCUGGUGCUGCAGAAGGUCCUUCCAGGACCUCUGCCCUGCCGCCGGGCUCCGCGGCAAGAACAUCGGUGCUCAGGGCGGGCAGAGUGAGGGCACACGGAGUGUCCUGAUGGACAGAUGGUCCAGGGGGUGAUGCAGCAAUGGCCACGCCAGCGCAGGAAAGUACUGCUUCCAAACACUGGGUUCGCGGGUCGCAGCUGUCCGAGGACCCUGUGCUCCUGCGUGUCUUCUGCUCCCUGACAGCUUCCUUCACAGCAACCUGCAGGAAGCCGGACGCACUCACGGCAGAACAAGCACUUGCACUGACCUCCGGACGAAGCGGGAGGUGGGAGAGACCAGCUGUUCAUGACCUCGAACACCUGUACCGAGGGCGUCUCCAUGCAUCCCACACCCACGAUUGGAACCCACACGGCGCUUCAGCACGUGGACCGCAGGCACCGCUUUCAGAUUCCCCUUCCUUUUGAUAACCUUGUGUUUGUCCAGCUUAGGACCCGAGGAGGCUGUUCUCGGGGACAGAGCAGCUCCUCUGAGGCCCCUGUGGCCAGGGGGCAGGGAGCUAGAGCAGGACAUUGUUUUGAACUGUUAAUAUGUUAAAUACCAAACUAAUAUUUCAAAAAUAUGUAUAUAUGAUUGCUAUAUCCUUCAGUUAGUCUGCUUAUAAUUUAAUAUAAAAUUAAAUAAGAUUUCCUUAAUGAAAUGGUUCCCUUUUUACAAACUAAAAAACCACUUUGUCUUUAUAGGUUAAAAAUAAAUCAGAUUUUCAAAUUUAAAAUUAUCUACACAGUAGGAAAUAGAACUGUGACAUAAGAAAUUGAGGGAAUAAUAUGAAGGAUUUUUCUAUCAUUUUCAUUUUAUAAAUUGCCACCUGUGAAAAUGGUUUUUGCACAUUCUUUGUAUUUUUCUUUGUAUAUGAAAUAAAUUUUUGUACUAUGUAAAAUACGGAGCCCAUUGUACCCGUGGCCGUUUGACACUAUGCCCAGUGCUUCUUUUGUAACUGGAUUCUUUUAACUUUCAUAAAGGCGUUCCCUGCCUUACAUCCACUAACCACCUGGAAUUAAAGUUAUUUCUUAAGAAAGAGCA